GGUCCAGACGAAGAAGGUAACUAUUCCAUCCGCUUGACGGCGUUUGUGGACUUUUCCGCCUCACAGCAGGGCCUUUACUUCUCGCCCGUAAUCCGCAAAAUCAAGGAGGAUAAGGCCAUUCCUAUCGGGAGAUACACAGAGAAAAACCGCGCCGCGGCGCACGCGCCGCAGGGCUCUAGUGAGGCCGUGGUGUUUAAAUCAAAGGUGGUUUCGCGGACCCACGCACAGUUUUUUACAAGCGACCAAGGCGUGUGGUAUAUCAAAGACUUGGGUUCCUCCUCGGGUACGUUUUUGAACCACAUGCGGUUGUCGCAGGCCAAUAAGGACAGUAUGGGGCACAAGUUAAAGGAUGGCGACAUUUUGCAGCUCGGCAUGGAUUACCGCGGGGGGAGUGAAGAGAUCUUCCGCUGUAUUAAGAUGCGUGUGGAGUUGAAUCGCAGCUGGCAACGCAAGGCGAACGCGUUUAAUUUAGAGACGCAUCAUAAGUUGAAGCAGCUCACGGGGGGAAAGGAGCAGGCAGACCAGAACGAGUGCGCAAUCUGUCUUUUGGAUAUUGAGCCGUGCCAGGCGGUGUUCAUCAGUCCGUGCUCGCACUUGUGGCAUUACAAAUGUAUCAGGCCGAUCUUGCUCAAGUGUUAUCCGCAGUUUUUCUGUCCAAACUGUCGGUCAAUGUGUGAUUUGGAAACUGAU